AUGGCGGGUAACUUUAACAUGAACGAAUUCAGUGUAGAACAACUUUUUGCUUUAAAUAGUAUCAUAGACAGUGAUGAGGAUAUGGAUACAAGAGUAGAAGCCAUCUUGGAGGAUAAAAACUACAGGAUCACUCCUGAUGAUAAGGGUGAAAGUCCAUUCCAAGGAGAAAGACAAUUCGUAGAUGAAGUUGACCGUGAUAUGAAAACAAAGAAACCAAGACGUAUCCCUAAAAACUAUAAGGGUAGAAGAGGAAUUAUGCCAACAUGGAAGUACUCUGACAGGCAAAAGGCUAAGGCGCUACUUGUAGAGGAGGCAUACCCGAGUUUACUGUCUAAGGGAGUUCAAGGGUUACCACCAACGAUGGGAGGUAGAUGGCGCACAGAUGAUGUUCUUGUUAAUGAGGAAAUUAAGAGAAUCGAAAAUGAAAGGAAUCCUAAGGUAAAGCGUCCCAGAGGUAGACCACCAAAGGCAAAGGUUGAUGCUGAAGUGAAGGUGCCAAAGAAGAGGGGCAGACCACCAAAGGUAAAGGCUGAUGUUGAAGUGAAGGUGCCAAAGAAGAGAGGUAGACCACUAAAGAUAAAGAUCGAUGCUGAAGCGAAAGUGCCAAAGAAGAGAGGUAGACCACUAAAGGUAAAGACCGAUGCUAAGGUUAGGAAGCAAACUGUAGCAGAAAGAUUCCUGAAUCAGAGGAAGGUAAAACUCUCAGUACCAGCAGAUAGUGUCAUAACCCCAACAGGUCCAGGUAAGUUCACAGUUCACGUGGAUCUUAAUAAGAGACCCGCGAGGAAAGCUCCUGAGGUAUCUAAGGGUGUAGCUCCAUGGAGACCGAUACCUAAGCCUAGAACGGUACUUCCUAGGGAAAGACCUGUACCUAAACCUAGAACUAAGCUUCUUAAGGAAGGACCUGUACCGAAACCUAGUACUAGGAAACCAGUGUCUCCUCCUAAGGUCCGUAAGCCUGUAAGGGUGUCGAGGGAAGUCAAGGAGCAGCCUAUAGUGGUUACACCAGAGGAACAAGAAAUCGAUCCAUUUGGAACAGACCUUAAUUGA